AUGGCUGGUCAACUAGCCAUCAAAGGAGAUGCUGGGGAGAAAGGUCAAAAUCAGGACCAUAGAGGUGGAAAGGCAAGCACUUGGAGUGGUGAAUCAAAAACUCUAGUUUUAAGCAAUCUAUCCUAUAAUGCAACAGAAGAGACUCUUCAGGAGGUAUUUGAGAAGGCAACUGCUAUCAAGGUGCCACAGAACCAGAAUGGCAAAUCUAAAGGGUAUGCAUUUAUAGAAUUUGCUUCGUUCGAAGAUGCUAAAGAAGCUUUAAAUUCUUGCAAUAAAAGAGAAAUUGAGGGCAGAGCAAUCAGGUUGGAGUUGCAGGGAUCCAAGGGAUCACCUAACGCUAGGGGCCAGCCAACCAAAACCCUCUUUGUCAAAGGUCUGUCUGAAGAGCCCAUCGAAGAGACCUUGAAAGAGUCAUUUGACGGUUCAAUUCGUGCCAGAAUAGUUACCGACCCAGAAACUGGUUCCUCAAAAGGGUUUGGUUUUGUAGACUUCAACAGUGAGGAGGACGCGAAAGCUGCCAAGGAGGCCAUGGAAGAUGGUGAAAUUGAUGGAAACAAAGUGACCUUGGACUGGGCCAAGCCUAAGGGUGAAGGUGGCUUUGGCGGAAGAGGUGGAGGCCGGGGCGGCUUUGGUGGCAGAGGUGGCUACGGCAGAGGUGGAGGCCGAGGCGGAUUCGGAGGCCGGGGCCGUGGCGGCUUUGGUGGAGGCCGAGGUGGCUUCCGAGGAGGCAGGGGAGGCGGCGGUGACCACAAACCACAAGGAAAGAAGACGAAGUUUGAAUAG